UCAAUCCAAUCGAUCUUCACAGAUCUUGUACCAUGGCCAAAGAAUUCAAAGUCCCGCCGGUGGUAUUCCCUUCCGGCGGAAACCCUGGUGGGCCCGGAGCCCAACAACGCCGACCAACGGCGCCGUUUCAGCCUCCGAGGUCCUCAAACCCAAGCAUUCCCUUCAUGUCAUUUGACGUUGGCGCUGCAACUACAACUACGUCGUUUCCAAUCCCCCAGUACGGCAACAACUCAAUCGGUGGCGGCAUCAGCACCGGUUUCGAGGACGAACCUCCUCUUCUUGAAGAACUGGGCAUAAACACAAAGCAAAUUUGGAACAAAACGAUGUCGAUUUUGAACCCGUUCAGGAUUAAUCACGAUUUACACGAGGAUGCGGACUUAUCAGGCCCGUUUUUGUUCCUAAUGGCGUUUGGGUUGUUCCAAUUACUCGCCGGAAAGCUCCAUUUCGGUAUAAUAUUGGGUUGGGUCACGGUGGCUUCUCUGUUUCUGUACGUGGUGUUCAACAUGUUGGCGGGUCGAAAUGGGAAUUUGGAUUUGUACCGAUGCUUGAGCUUGAUCGGUUACUGUAUGUUGCCACUGGUGAUUUUGUCGGCCGUUUCGCUGUUCGUGCCUCAGGGUGGGCUGGUGAUUAUGGUCAUGGCUGGGCUUUUUGUGAUUUGGUCCACCAGAGUUUGUACCAGGCUGUUGGUUGAGCUUGCUUCUUGUGGGGAUGAGCACCGCGGUUUGAUCGCUUAUGCAUGUUUCUUGAUUUACAUGCUCUUUUCGCUGCUAGUGAUGUUUUGA